UUCUCCACCAGCGGCCAUGCGGCCAGGCACAACCGUAUCCACACGGGACAGAAGCCGUACUGCUGUACAUUUCCGGGCUGUCAGGCGAGCUUUUCUCGACAGGACAAUGCCCUCGCCCACUUUCGAACCGGCCACGCACUCGCAAAGAAUCGC